UUUACUUAGGCUUCUAGAAAUCAUAAUGUAAUAAACUCUUUUGAAUUAUUUUGUUUAUUCUAUGGAUCUCAUUGUUUACUGGGAGCAAAUAUUCAAGAAAUUGCUUUCUUUUUUAAGAUUGUGGCUCCAAUAUCUAGAGUUAAGAAGCUUGUUAGAUUUCUGUGGAUGAUGUGCUGAGGGAGACGAGCGGUUGUUAGUAGCGGAAUAUAUGCCUAAUGAUACUCUCUCCAAGCAUCUCUUUCACUGGGAGAAACAGCCACUGCCAUGGGAGAUGCGUGUGAGAGUUGCAUACUACAUUGCACAAGCACUUGAUCAUUGCAACAAGGAAAACCGAAAAAUAUAUCAUGACUUGAAUGCAUACAGAGUCCUCUUUGACGAGGAUGGUGACCCACGGUUAUCUAGUUUUGGCCUUAUGAAGAAUAGUCGAGAUGGAAAAAGCUAUAGCACUAACCUGGCUUAUACUCCACCUGAGUUUCUGAGGACAGAUAUGCCAGUUUUUCUUACAUUGUUAAUGCCUUCUCUUUGAUUUUUAUUUGAUAAAGGGAUUUAAAUGUAAACAGAUAUUCAUUUCUAAUAUUGGAUAUAGACAUUAAUUAGAGUAAAAGUGAACUAUUGGGAGAAAUGGAGAAGAAUGAAGAAUUGUUAUUGAUACAGUGAAAAGUGAAGAGAGUUGUCAAGACAAAUACAAGAAAGAAAUAGUCAAGAUCCUCCUGUAAUCCAACUUAAAAAAUUUAGAAACCGGUCAAUGAAUAUAAUACAAAACUAUAAAAACUGGAUUUGGAUCAAGAUGCAAAUUGCAAUGAAUAUAGUA